UGAGUGGUGUUGUGUUUUGUUUGUGAGGGUUUUAAGUUAGUCAUUUAAAAUGUAGCUUACUUAUUCGGGCCAAUCUGUGUUUGAGCCUCAUUCAGUAUCUUUAAACUGCACGUGUUGUUCAUAGACAAAAUAAAAAGGCUUUUUUAUUGCGAGUAUCUUUAAACGAGUCACUGUCCGGAGUAACACCAGUCAACAAGAGGUUGAUGUUGUUUUCGCAGUCCAGUGUUAAGAUGGUGACUGUUCACACUGCCUGUGCCUUGCUAAGCCUUGCCCCCCUGUUGGCGCUUGGUGUUCCUCCCACGUGGACCCAGCCAGAACAAGUGCACCUCUCUUAUCCAGGAGUACCAGGUUCUAUGGUGGUGACCUGGACUACCUUUAAUAAGACAGAGAGCAAGGUGGAGUAUGGUCUCCUCGGGGGUCGGCUCUUUGAGAUGAGCGCCAAAGGGGACACUACUCUGUUUGUGGACUCAGGCGAGGAGAACAGGAAGCUGUACAUCCACAGGGUCACUCUCACAGACCUCAAACCUGCUGCUACUUAUGUCUACCACUGUGGGAGUGAUGAGGGCUGGAGCGAUGUGUUCUCCUUCACUGCUCUGAACGACAGCACUAGCUUCAGUCCCAGGUUUGCUCUGUACGGUGACAUGGGCAAUGAGAACCCUCAGUCUCUGGCCCGACUGCAAAAGGAGACACAACUUGGCAUGUACGAUGCCAUCCUGCACAUAGGUGACUUUGCCUACGAUAUGCAUGAGGACAAUGCCAGGAUCGGAGAUGAGUUCAUGAGGCAGAUUCAGUCCAUCGCAGCCUACGUGCCCUACAUGACCUGUCCAGGCAACCACGAAUCUACAUAUAACUUCUCCAACUACAGGAAUCGCUUCAGCAUGCCAGGCCAGACUGAGAGCCUGUGGUACAGCUGGAACCUGGGGUCAGCGCACAUCAUCUCCCUCUCCACUGAGGUUUAUUUCUAUCUCGAAUUCGGCCAGGAGCUGAUCUUCAAGCAGUAUGAGUGGCUGACGAAAGACCUUGAGGAGGCCAACAAGCCAGAGAACCGAGCAGUGCGUCCAUGGAUCAUCACCAUGGGACACAGACCCAUGUACUGCUCCGAUGACGACCAGGACGACUGUACUCAGUUUGACUCCUAUGUCCGACUGGGACGGAAUGACACCAAACCGCCAGCUCCAGGUCUAGAGGAUCUAUUUUACCGCUAUGGAGUGGAUGUGGAGUUGUGGGCACAUGAGCACACAUAUGAGAGGCUUUGGCCUGUCUACGGUGACAAGGUGUACAAUGGAAGCAAAGAGCAGCCUUAUGUGAACCCAAAAGCUCCAGUUCACAUCAUCACAGGCUCUGCUGGCUGCAGAGAGAAGACCGACAAGUUCAAUCCAAACCCCAAAGAGUGGAGCGCUUUCCGCAGCACGGACUACGGCUACACCCGCAUGCAAGUAGUCAAUGCCACCCACCUUUACUUGGAGCAGGUAUCCGAUGACCAGUAUGGGAAGGUGAUCGACAGCAUUUGGGUGGAGAAGGAAAAGCAUGGCUUCUCUGCCUGGUUCUGAAUACUUCCAUGAAAUUUGAACUUCAGAAAAGCACAUAUUUUGCUGCGUCACAACCAAUCAUGCACUGUUGAUGGAAAUGUUCAUUCCUAUUCAUUCAGCUUUUCAAAUUAAGAUGUCGUGAAUCCUUUAUACAUUUUCCACUACGUUUCUUCCAAUCAGACGACCACUUUAGGACAAUGAUUUACUGUGAAUGUAUAAAUGAAACUUGCGUUUGAUUCUUUUUUUUUAAUGAUCUCUUUAUUUGUCCUUCCUCCAAAACCAUCAUCACUGUAGUCUAACUUGAGUUUUUUUGGUUUAACUUGUCAACGCCAGCUAGAUGUACUGUAGGUCUCUUCAUUGCCGCCUGAAUAAUCUAUUGACAGUAGACACAGACAGCAUGAAUCUGGCAGACACCAGACCCCAUUCCCUUCAGAGCAUUUUUCAUUACAAAACCUGGAAAUGCAUUUAGAAAGAUCAAGUCUCCUUUCUAUUAGUCUAUGAAGAUCCUGCCUUGGAGAAUCCUUUCAGGAUAUUGGAACCUCAUUUUAUUGUCCAUCUGUGUGGCUGUCAGGACCUGACACGAAAAGACACAUGGAAGUCUACGCCUACACAAAAGAACUGUGAUGUAACUCAGGGAUGUUUGUGGCUUGGACACAUGCAAAGUGAGAAGGCGCUUUCUGCAAAUGACUGUUGCUCACGCCAUGACUCUCACCACUAUGUUGGUGUUAAUUCCUUCAAACAGCAUGCUGCCUCUGAUGAGUAUUGGCGGACAACCAGGGCAGAUCUGCAUGCAUUUGUGUUUUUACUAUUCAAGCUGUCUGUUAGUGCCAGAGUGUAAUUAUGUACUUGCACAAUUCUGUGGACACAAAAAAAAAAUCAAUGAUCCGUUAACACUACACACAUGAGUUAACAUAAAACACGUUAUUUGGCAGACGUUUUUAUCCAAAGCACAUGCAGUACUAUGAGAGGAUAUAUGUUAAACAAACAUGGAAACACUGCAGGGAAAAUGCUAUUUUUUUACCCCAAUGAAGGACCAAAAACAAUCUCACACGUGGUCAAGAUGUGUCACAACUAGCUGAAGCAAUAUGAAGCCCAGAGUUCUAGUAAAGGCAGUACAAAAGUAGUCAGGCGUCAGUGGCAUGUGUGUAAAUCUAACCGAGGAUUUGUUGAACGUCUCUCUAAAGUCGAUACCCCGCAGCGCAGUGGGGUCUGGCAGACGGAGACACAAGCGCACAGUGAUCACACUUCACACUCACAUGGUCUUGGUGUGCUUACUUACUGCUACUGCCACUAACACAGCCUUAUGAUUGUGAAAGUAUCUUUGUAGAGAAGGCCCCGCACCACUGAGUUCCUAACCUUUGAUCUGCUUAAGCUACACUCUGUAUAUUGAUGUCUCCCACUGAGUGUCAGGAGUGAGGAAGUGGAGACUGCAGAGACCAGCGGGGGACUGGGGGAGCAGAGUAUGUGCUGCCAGGCCGUAGACUACAUCGAGUCAUUGUAAUUAUUUACAAUUGUCAGCAACCACAUUUAUGGUCUAAUAAAGUCAGUCAGGUAUGUACAAUGUAUAUUGCGAAAAUGGAAGGACGAAAAGUUCUUGCCUUAAAUAACAAGCAUCGCACAUCACGUUCCUCAUCAUUGAGGUCAUGUGAUUUCCUAGAAAACGAAAAAAAUGCCAUUGAUCGCAAUCCAGGAAAAAAAGAGCAAGGAGAAAAUAACAUGUCACUUCAGAUCGCAUGCCUGUUGCUGAAUCAUUAAGUGUUUAUUACCGUCUAUGAUAGAGGAACGGCAGGUUUGUGGUUGUGUGGUGAAGGCCUUUUGUUGACAGAAAUUGAUUCCUGCCACUAACGAGGUUACAGAUUUUCUAGCACUUCCUCGUCUACUCCAUGUUGGCCAAUUUAUUUCUCUCAACCAAGGGCUUUGGCAGGUCAGAAGUCAGAUCUUCUUUCUUGAUGAAGGGGCUGCACUUGAUCACAGGGUUAAACUGGGGGAGACUGAGGACAUGUGUAAUGAAGUCAAGGCCCUCAGAUGCUGGAUCUCUGGGAUUUUUCAUCAAUCCAGAAGCUCAGUGUUCUUCCAGAACCGGAGCGCCACUAUUAAGCAGCCUCAGACCACCACCAAGACAAACAGCCAAGUACAGUGUGCUCAGGAACAUCACAGCACAGUCUUGCCAUAAUUCCACUCUCAAUAUCAACACCACAAUGACUUACAGGGCUUCAGAAUAUGGCAUCAACAGGAACACAGCAUGGAGGCUGUGAACACACCAUAUUGCCAAAGUAAACCUGAGGUUAAAUGUAAACCAGCUGAACAAAACGGGUUAGGAUAUAUUACUGUUUUGCCUUUUUUGUGAGUUUUUCUUAUGCAGCCAAAUGGGACCACAAACUGUAUUUCAUAUUUCAACCCUGUUUUGUGCAAUACCUUAAAUAGAACUUUGAAAUAAAAUGAAAAACAAUUUAA